GCAUUCUGCAGAGUACAUGUGCAUUUGUCAAGCAUCAUCUUGAAUAUACCUUCCAAGAGAAAACUAUUUUUACACACAAAUAAACGGCCUUUUUGUCCACUUUGGUGGUAAUGUGCUGUUCCUUCUUUAACCAUGACAUCACUGUGGGAAAGCGACUCAGAUCUACCACUGACCAGCGCAGGCAGCCUUCCAGCUAUAAGUAUAUAAAAGCUGGUUUCCAGAAAAAUGAAUACACUUUCACAGGAGCUGUGAAGGUUCUGCUCUAAUGUCACGGUGGUGUUACUUUGAGGAGGUAGAGUGGGAGGAGCUAUGCAGAUGGUGACAUUUGGGUUCUAUUAGUGGCAUCAGUCAACCCCAAGACUCACAGUGGACUGUUGUCGCCAGCAGAGUACCCUUCACAGGGCGCCAUUCUGCUUUUUGAGCAUGAUUUUAAAGCCAUACAUUUAUACCAAACUACUGAAUUCUUCUGAUUGAUUCCAUGUCUUCAGUCUUCUGAUAUCUUGCUUUUUUUUUUUUUUGACUGGCCAAUUCUAUAAUUUGCAUAUCAAAGUAAAAGAAUGUAACAUUUUUGUUAUUUCAUUUUUAUAGACAAGUUACGCUCAGUGGAUACAGUUGUUUCUUGUGUAAGCUCAACUCCAUCUUCAAGAGGAUGCAUUUUGUGAUGGCUGUGAAUCCCUUUGUUUUUUUAAUUCUAUUUUUGUCACUGGCUGAGACAAAGUCAUUCAGACCGCUCCAGCUGAACCCAUAUAAAGAUGGGCCUGGUCCACACUACAAUCCUGGGAAAGCAACCAGCAGACAUAAGAACCACUGUGCUUAUGUUGUUGAAAAGAUGGUGUCCUUCACCGUGCAGGAUGGCACGGCACCGUAUGUAAAAGCUGAAUACAACAAGUGUUCCUGGGCAAAUAAAUGUCCAACUCUCCUGUAUCGUCUGCUUUACAAACCAGUCUACAAGGUGGCACAUAAAACUGUGACAGAGUUAGAGUGGCGUUGUUGUCCAGGAUUCUCUGGUUAUGGCUGUAUGGACGGCCCUCCAGCUUACCAAUAUCCCAUGAGAAUGAUGCAGCCAUUCAUGGGGCCAGCUUUUAAUGAUCCACAUUACAAAGGUCCAGUGGUCAAAGGACCGCUGUUUAAGGGCCCACCCUUCAGUACUGGCAUGAAAGCCAACCCAUGGAAUCAACAUAAAGGCCCACCUACAGGCACCAUCGACUCUUAUGGCACAUAUCACUUUGGGCCACCGAGGACUUCUUCCUACCCAGACACAAAUUUUGAACCUGAGUCAUCUGAGCCGGAACCAAUGGCAGAUUCCCUGGAGCCCCAUCAUACAGAGGAUGACCAAGAACCAGAGCAAGAGCAGGAGUUCAACCAAGAACCUGAGGAACACAUAAACGAGGAAAAACCUUCAGCUAGUAGUGAAAAUCUUGAAGGUCGGACUUUAGACAGCGGGAUAGAAGAGCGAUUAUAUCAAAUUGAGGAGGAUGUGAGACGUCUGAACCAGGGUCUGGAGAUCCUGAGGGGAACUGUGAAUGGACUGGAGGAUAGUCUAAGAGCCUCGCUGAGAGAAGAUGCCAACAGAAUGCUGUCUGCUCUGCUCUCUGCUGCUCCUCUUCCUGCUCCGAUGAUAGCUUCCAGUCAGUCGACUGUAGGGUUUGUAGAGAUUCCUGGGGGAGACCCUGAGACAGGGGGCCUGGAUGGCAGAGAUGUCCCUCUAGCUACUAAAGAUGUGAAUGGAAAGAUGGAGGAGAUCAGCCAACAAAUGCAAGUUAAGACGAGAGAGCUUCAGGAACUUAAAGUAACCGUGAUGGAUCAUGAUAGAGCACUGAGGAAGCUGUUGAACAGAACAGCCACAGGACUAGAUUCCAAUCACAGCCUAGUGGGAGACACGCAGAGAAUGACAGAGAAGUUCUUGGAUGAUAAACUCAGUGCAGCACAGACAGAGAUUCUCAGUAGGAUUGAGAAAGACAUGGAUAGUGCAGCACUCAGAUGCAAAGAUAAAGCUGGGGAGCUGCAUUGUCAGUGCCAGAACGAGCAAGAUGAGAAGUAUCUACAGCGGACAGGUGCCCUGGAGGAAGAGGUAACUGAACUGAGAGCAGAGCUGAGAACCCUCCAGGCACAGAUCCAUGGUCAGAAUGAGACAGACAGUUGCUGUGCUGGAGUAUUCGGACUAGGUGAGAAGGUGAAGCUGUUGGAUGUGUCAGUCGCAGGCCUUAACCAAUCCUUGGGCCAGUUGAGAGUGAAGUUUGGUGGACACAAAGAUCAUAUUGAAGGAAUGCUGGAGGGCCGCCUGGCAUACAUAGAAAUAAAACUCAACCAGACUGGACUGGCACAAGGUCGCCAGAGUAUCAAGACCAGUCAGGUUUCAAACAGAACUGAGACAGGACAAGGGCUGGAGGCCAGAAUGGAGAAUAAGUUGAGAGAUCUAGAGGGCCGUUUAUUAGCAGCUUUAGAGUUCUUGGGUAAUACCACAACGCCCAAUCUGUUUGAGGACCAUUUUGUUCCUGCCCUGGAGACAGAACUCCAUUCCCUUCAGAACAGGCUAGAUAUGGAUGUGGACAGAAUAGAGAAGCACCUCAAAGCCACUGAGAUACUCUGUUCCUCUUCGUGUGCCUCUCUUAAAAGUCCUGCUGCCAUCCAGGGAGACUCUGCAGUGCCAAGCCUGAGCUUGAAAGAGAAGAACAUGAAGGAGAUACUGGACAUGCAGGCUAAACAUUUGAGUAGCCUGAAUAUCACACUGGAGAACCUCUUGAACCGCCUCCAAAACCACCAGAAACAGUUUGGAGAAGAUUCUCCCAUCCAGGGAGAACUCACAAUCCUCAAGUUCAAUGUCCACUCAGUCAACCACACCUUGAGAGGGCUUCAGGACAACCUCAUGACAAUGGUCCACCAGGUGGGUCAAAGCAACAGCACCUGGCAUGAAAGAGAAGCACGUUUAGCUCAGCAGAUGAGAGGUGUGGUCCAGCUGGUUGGACAUCAGGCUUCAAUGCUUGGGGCAGGGGAGCGCAGAUUGACCAGACUGAAGGGUGAGCUCCAGGAGAUGAAGAGACGACUAAAUGAAGAGGUGAAAGGCUGCCGUAGCACAGCUCUGGGGGUAAAGAAAGAGGUAACUGAAGUUGGGGGGCGUGUUGCUAGUGUGGAAGACCAGUGUAAGGGCCUGAAUAAUCUAGUACAAGACCUGGAGAAGAUCAGAGAGGAGCUGGAGAGACAACCGAAUGGAAUUUUCUUGCACGUCAACGGCACGCUUUCCAGUCAUGCACAGCAGCUGUCAGCGCUAAGAGAUGAACUCAGAAACUGCAACUCAAAGGUGGAUCCCACAAAGCAAAAUGAAGACUCAGAUCCAGAGAUGAGACGAGGGGACAUCUUGCCGUCGAUUUAGCUCAUUGGUCUGGGCAGUGAAAGGGUAAAUAUUCUGCAGGCAGGGGGGGUCCAAAAUCCCUGGUGGUGCCCCUGUCUGCCGGUGCAGUGAAAUCAACUAAAACCUCUUAUUUGUUUGGUUAAUUACAAAGGCUUAGAACAUGCACUGAAAUAACAAUGUUUUAGAUAUCUUGUUAUAAUUAUUAAAUAACAAAUUAAAAAAAAAAUGGCAGCUAAUUCUGACUGCACUCACAACAUCAGACUUUGAGGCAGUAUCUUGAUGGUUCUAAGUUGAAAUGUAUUUACUUUAGAGCCACAGUGACUGAA